AUGGACACUAGAGAAACUGAUCAAGAUAAAUAUAAAAAUAAUGAUUCUAAACCGAAAAGUUAUCUCAAAUUUAAAGACAAUAUUAAGAUAGCAAAUUAUACGAAACCAGAUUUAGUAAAAGAAACAAAUCCUAUAGAUAUUUUCAAAGAAAGAGAUACGACCAGGAAUGUAGUGAAAUUAAGAGUAACAAGUAGAGAAACGAAUUCAUUGUUUCUGCUUUUGAGGAUAGUGGAUUUAAUUGUAUUCAUGAAGAAAUGGACUUUAUUGUAUUUGUUGAUGGAUUGUGCAAGUGCGUAUAGUCAGCAGAAGUUUGCGAUUGAACCACAGGAUCAGAGUGCAGUGGUCGGUACAAGAGUGACGUUACCAUGUCGUGUGGUGAACAAGGCUGGUCAGUUGCAAUGGACGAAGGACGACUUCGGGCUCGGGACACAUCGGCAUUUAACGGGAUACGAACGUUAUAGAAUGGUCGGCAGCGAUGAAGAAGGGGAUUAUUCGUUAGAUAUACGAGAUGUUGCUUUAGAAGACGAUGCGCUUUACCAAUGCCAAGUCAGUACUGGACCAAGAGGUGAGCCGGCUAUUCGUUCUCGAUCUGCACGUCUCACCGUUUUAGUACCUCCCGAACCACCGAAGAUAUUAAAAGGACCAACCAUAGAAGCUGUGGAGGAAGGCGAAGUAACCUUAGAGUGUGUGUCUGUUGGUGGAAAGCCUGCUGCUGAAAUCACGUGGGUUGAUAGUGAUGGAGGGGUACUGAGUCAAGGGGUCACUUACUCCGUGGAGGUGAUGAGCGACGGACGAAGGUUUAUCGCUCGAUCUACUCUCCGUCUUCGACCGAGGCGACAGCACCACGAUCAGACGUACACCUGUCAAGCUCAAAAUACAGCAGAUCGAGCUUACAAAGCUGCCUCUAUAAAGUUAAAGGUUCAAUACGCACCAAAGGUACGUUUGGUUAUCAAGUCCAGAGCAACAAAUGGCCGUAUCCUGGAAGGAGAUAAGUUAAUUAUAGGUUGCCAGGCUACCGCUAAUCCGAACAAUCUCACUUAUAGAUGGUACGUGAACAAUGAGCAAGUGCUUUCCGCGAAGGGGAAUGAACUGGUUUUAUCAAAUGUGUCUCGGAAGUACAAUGAGGCGACCGUUAAAUGCGAUGUUCAGAACGAAGUUGGCAACAGCGCUGAGUCUAAAACCCUAGAAGUUUCUUAUGGUCCAGCAUUCAAAUCCAAGCCUCAGAACGUGGAAGGUGAUAUAGGAUCGACCGCAACACUGACUUGUUUGGUGGAUGGACAUCCUCAACCCAAGGUUCUGUGGUUGAGAUACGAUCGGGAUAAAAUUAUUAGAGCUGGAAAAUCCUCGAACCUCACAGUUACCAUCAACAAGCAUUCAGCAGGACAAUACUGGUGUAGGGCUAGUGUUGAAGGCUACCAAGACAUCGAAGCGCCAGCCAUGGUUUAUGUAAAAGGUCCACCAAAAAUUAUGUCAAAUAAAACACAAUAUGGCGUCGAAGGUGGCAGUGUACAUAUCGAAUGUGUAUCGUUUUCUGUACCGAAACCUGAUCUGGUAAUUUGGACUUUCGCUGGAAAUGAAAUCAAUUCUUUUCAUAAUCACGAAUAUGUGUUCUUAGAAGAAUCAUUACCAGAUGGACUAACGAAAUCUACACUGGUUAUCAGAAAAAGUGAAGCGAAGCAUUUUGGUCCAUAUAAUUGUACAGCAUUAAAUGCCUAUGGAAGCGACAGCGCGGAAAUAAACCUUAUACCAGACAAAUCAAUACCAUUUAUAGUCACCGUUGGAGCUGGUUCUUCAAUAACUAUAGUUAUUCUUGUUAUUAUGCUCGUUGUAAUGCUGUGUCAUCGAAGAACCAACAAAUCAGAUGUGAAAAAACCAGAUAUAACCGAAGUUGGUAAAACUUGUGAUAAGUAUAAAGAUAGUGAUCGAAAUUCUAAUAUAAGUGACUUGAAAUUGGAGCUGAGACAGGUUGAAGGAAGCUGUGAUAUGGAUAUUUCAAACAACGGCUCUGAAACGGAACUUCACACAACGUUGCACUUGACAACUAAUUUGGGCCUUCCAUUAGCUGGACCGGUUCCGUUACCAGAAUCCGGCUACGACAAUGAGCUGAUGAAACAAUACCAGAGAUACAGUGGUGAUUUCAAUCAGCCCUUACAUAACAUCCAUUUUAAGACACACGACCAGAAUGGGUACGUACCUUAUGUGGACUAUUCUAGAGACUACGCUCCACCUCAGUCCAAUGACUCCAUGACAGGCUCUUUAUCCAGAAGUACUGAUGCUUCUACAUAUCAGAGCCAUUGUGGCUCUCUGAAUCGACAAGGCAGCUGUGGCCGGCUUGGAGGAAUGAUAGGACCAGAUGUAAUACCGAUGGCUAACCCUGGAGUUAUAAUGACAGGAAUGGAUGUGAGGUACGCGGCGACUUACGGAAAUCCAUACUUAAGAGGGAACGCCGGACCUUUACCUUACGUUCCUUCAGUAAAUAAUGCAGCUAAAAACGCACCACCGCCGUAUUAUACACUAAGAAACACGAAUCAUCGUCCACCAAGUACAUCGGUGACAUCACCAUCUUCAUCAUUAACGAGACCCUUCACCAGUCCGCCCAUUUCAUCACCAACUAAUAAUAGUGCUCAGCCCCAAGUGCCUAAAACCCCCCCACAAACGUCCGGGGCGUUGUAUAUCCUUCCACCGACCAGCCAGGGGAAUAUGCAUUCGUCGCAAAUAUCAACCAAAGGUUCCGGAACUCACGUGUAACAACAAAUUAAUUGAACAUUAUAGAAUAUGAAUAAAUAUGGUUUUAAACCGUCUUAAUAGGAUGAAAAGCUUUAUUCGAAACUAGUUAAAUAGGACGUUUAUUACAUUUAGAAGUAUUCGGUAUACUUCUAGGUAUUUUCUAAUGUGUCAUUGUGAACGAUCCUAAAAAGCCUAACUUUAAAGCUUUAAGUAUAAAUAUCAAAGAUUUGAAUUCUACUUUAAGUUAUCUUUUUAAGUAUAUCUUAAGGGCGACUACAAACGAUCGACAGGACUGUCUUAGAUAACAAUAGUGGGCAAAAAGAAAUUAAAAUUAGUUAGACAGUAUUGUAUCAUUUUUUUAUAAUUAUUAACUGGAUUUUUUUGGCAAUGUUUUUUUUUAUAUUAAUAUUGUAAAUUAAACAAUAUUUUUGCCGCUAAGCAACAUUGCAUCGGUGUGUGACUCAGUGAUGAUGUAAGGAAUUAUUUUAAAUACUAAUAGUGUCUGUGUUUGCAGGUGACCAGUUACUAUCAAACGAUCUUUUGACUGUUUGCCUUUUGGUUACAAAAUAAAAAAAAAUA